AUGUUUGAGGCUGUUUCUUUUAUUAAGAAUAGCAAUUUUCUGAUUGUGAUCGGUAAAAUUAAAGGAAGUGGGUUGGCUCUGAACGUGGUUAACGUUUAUGCCCCUCAAAUGGUUAGGGCUAAAAAAGAUGUUUGGAUUGAGCUUUCUUCGAUUAUGGAAGAUCACCCCGGAAUGUGGGUAGUAGGGGGGGGGGAUUUCAAUGCGGUUAGGGUCCUUAGCGAGAGGAGAAAUUCCAGAUUUAACAAUGCAUGUGCGGCGAAUUUUAAUUAUUUUAUUUUCAACUCGGGGCUUAUUGAGUAUGAUUUGAAAGGAAGGAGUUUCACUUGUAUCAGAGGAAAUGGCAGAAAAUCAAGUAAAAUUGACAGGUUUUUAGUAUGUUCGGAGUAUUUCAACCGCUGGCCGGAAGCUACGUUCAGGGCUCUCCCGGUUAGCUAUUCGGAUCAUGGUCCUAUUGUGCUUAUUUCCCAAUUAAGGAAUUUUGGUGCGAAAUCUUUUAGAGUUUUUAACUCUUGGUUGGAGAAAGAAGGCUAUAAGGAAGCGGUGGAAAAUUCUUUGGAGGGUUUUAAUUGUUCGGGUCCGCCGGAUGUUGUGUUGAUCCAAAAGUUCGUGGCUAUUAGGAAUGGGAUUAAAAAAUGGAAAGAGGAGAUGGUUAAGUCAGAAGGGGAAGCGGUUAGUAGAGCUCUAGAAGAAAUGGAAGAAUUAGAGAGUGCCAUGGAAUCUAGAGAAAUAACGGAGGAGGAAGAGUGGUCCUUUUUGGAGAAUAAAAAAGUUUUGUUGGAGGUUGAGAGAAUUAAUGGCAUCCCGGGCCUUAAUAUUGGUUCAAGUUGGGUUAAUAAACCGUCGGUAGUUAAACUGGAAGUGUUGAAGUUUUUUAGGUCUAGGUUCUUGGAAGAAGUGCCUAAUAGGCCGUCUUUGGAUUGUAUGGAUAUUAGUAAUUUGUCGGAGAUGGAGAAAUCCGGGCUUGUGGUGCCUUUUUCGCUAGUGGAGGUGAAGAACGCUUUAAAGGAUUGUGGGGAUGACAAAGCGCCCGGCCCGGACGGUUUAAAUUUUAGAUUUAUUAAAGAAUUUUGGCAUAUGUUUGAGGAAGAUUUUAUGAAUUUCUUCGCUCACUUUUAUGAUCAAGGGAACUUUAGUAAAGGUUGUAGUUAA